CUUGACGAGUAUUGAGAGUUCUCGCCAACAUCAUAGCGAAUCUCCACAUCUCGUUCCAAUGCCGCGCACAAAGCGCCUUCAUCAAUUGAAGCGGCCGAAUAUCCGCCAAGAUUGGUCGAAAUGGAACCUUUAUAACCUUUCACGCGUGGGAAAUCCUCAGAUUCGUGACAGGACAUUCUUUCAGCAAAAAUGGACCGCCAAGAGUAUGCUGCGCGCGUACCACAACCCCGAUGUGCGAGAAGGGACUUGGACCAAAAUGUUCGAUCGACGUUUGCCCGCGGUAGUACCCAUGGAUCAUCGAUAUUUAGCAAGAUAUGACGGCAGCGAGUUAGCAGAAGGUCGUGGUAUGGGUGUCGAAAAGCUUGCGGAAAAUGCAGGAUACGAGCGAAAGAGAGCCGCAGAGCGGACUCCUUACAUGCACAUGACAUUUCACCCUCUAGAGCGGCGAUUAGACACGGCAAUAUUUCGCGCACUCUUCGCCAGCUCAACCCGCCAAGCGCGGCAAUUCGUAACACACGGAUGGGUCAAAGUCAACGGGAAAAAGAUGAAGUACCCAAGUUAUCAGCUAAAUCCUGGCGAUAUGUUCUCCGUGGAUCCCGAACGGGUCAUGUUUGCCACAGGAGCUCGGAAGGACCCGGUCGAAAAGGAGGAAAAGGACGAAGAGACUGAUAACGCCGAGGCUGAGAAGGCUGUAGACGAAUCAGGUGCUGCAGCCGAGGGCGAAACGACAGCCGAGGGCGAAACGAGCGAGGGCACUUCAGUCAAAAGCGAGAUCGUCGAGCCGGUGCAGUCCGAGCCAGUGGAGCCAUCAGCAGAGACGAAGGGCGAAGCGAGGAAGGAACUCAGAGCACUUAUGGAAAGGACGAGAUCCAUUCUGGAGGAUGCGAGAGACCAGCUCUCCGGGAAGCGUCAGCGUGAGCUGCGUGACUUGAGCAAAUCCGUGAAGAAGCUGCUCUCGCAAUAUCGAGGUGUUCCGGAAUCGCAGCUGGACGAAACUAUCGAAGGGAUGCAAGCAAAUCUGGCAGAGAUUCUCGGCAAAGUCCCUGCUGGCGCCUUGAUAACGCCGACAUCCGCCGCAACCACUGCUGGAUCCAACGCUCCGUCAAAUCCUCAGGCUAAGGCUGACAAGGCCGACAAUUACAAGAUUCAGAAAGAUGCGAAAUUGUUGGCUGCUGCGUUAGAGCGAGUUCGCGAGAACCCGUAUGACCCUUCGAAACCCUAUGCCACCCCUUGGAAGCCGAGGGACUACAUGAGUGCCUUCGCAUUUAUUCCGAGAUAUCUGGAGGUCAACCAGAACAUCUGUUCGGCCGUCUACGUGCGACAUCCUGUUGCUCGACCAGGACUUGCAGAGGUGCCAACGCCAUAUUCAGCAGAGACGAUGGCAUUGGGAUUUAACUGGUAUCUUCGCCGGAGGUGAUUUUCAACGUGGUUUUGUAACAACACUUUUAUUUCCGGCGUGCUGGCAUUCAUUGCAUUCCUGUACCAUUUAGAUCUUCUUUACGAGUGCCAGCUGGGCCCAAUCGAAAGUCCAGAAGCAUUGUGCCUAAAAUUAUUGUGCUCUAGACGUGCUGUGUAGCUGCACUAAGCAGUUGUAAGGGAAAAUAUUGAUAACCGCCUAUUCAGAUGUAAGC